AUGCGGAGAGCUUUUGGAGAUGCAACUUUGCCCAGCGUAUGCACGCAGGGAGAAGCGAAGGGAGACCUGGAGAAGCACCUGCCCAAAAACCCCAAGCCCCUGGCCAUCGCUGCACAGGGCAGCCCUGUGCCGGUACCAGUACCAGCGUGCAUCCCGAAUGCCUUGGGCAGGCUCCUCGCCUUCUACAAGCCCUUUCCACUCCCCAGACCGCCGCGUCCCAGCGCGUCCCUGCGCGUCCCAGCACAGGGCAAGGGCGCCGGGAAAGGCAGCGAGUUAUUAGAAAGUGCAAGAAGGGAGGAGAGCGGGAAGGUCCCAGCCGCAGCAGGGCUGUCCUCGCAGCCUGGUCCCAGCAGCGGGUCCCGGUGCCGAGGGUGGCUGCGGGGGGGUUCGGGGCGAGUGUCGGCAGCCCCCCGCCAGAGGAGCAGCCCCGCUCUCACGACAGCAGCAGCAGAAACUUUUCAGCCGAAGGAUGCUCACCGGCUGUGCCAGCAGCCGGCCAGCACGUUUUGGCGCAUAGCCCCCGAGUCUCGGGGGAAAGCGGCGCUUGCUCUGUUCUUAACCUCCCUGGGUAACCCCAGGGAGCGCAGAUGUGGAAAGCCACGACCCCGGCGGGCAGAAGACGCGCGCUCACGGCAACGUUCGGCAAGCCCGGACGUAUCGCAGCCUCACAGGAGGCAGCCGGAGGAAGCCGAAGACCUGUCCUUAGUAAACGCCUCAGUUCGAGGAUCACCUGUCCACCGACUUUCGGAACUUGGUGUCAACCACUACCAGCAGCCACCGAUACUCCAACUGAAUUUCAUCUCCCUGCCUAGAAAUCUAGCACAUCCCCUUCCAAUUCUUUGCUACAAGCCUUCAUUUUUAGCGAUCAGCCUCAAUUUUCCUAGGAAAAACAAAUUUAACCUUUGAUUUAACCUUUCGGCGAGCUAUUUUUACUCCCAUCUCAAGCUUAUUUUAACCUCGGUAGCCAAUAAACGCUUAAAGGUCAAACCCCAUUCCU